CGUCUCUCCGUCUCUCCGUCAUGCUGGCUUCUUCUGCCUCUCUUCUCUCCUCUCUUCGGUGCAUCACCCCGUCCGUUUCGCCGCCACGUCUGCCAUUCGUCUCCCUCCUCCGAUCGACCCGUGCUCAGUCAGUCUGGGCCCCGCCAGCAUGGCUCCCACGAUCCCCUCGGCCAAACUGACCCUCUCGUGCCCGCUCUUUGCCGCCGACUUCGACCCGCGCAACCACGGCUUUCUGCUGGUGGCUGGUGGUGGAGGCGAGGGCCGCAGUGGUGUCGGUAACAAAAUCGUCCUCCUCGAUACCUCCAAACGCCAGGAGAUCUCCGAAGUCGUCGAUAUCGAAUUGUCGCGCGAUGAGGACUCGGUCACCUCCCUCGCUGCCGCCCAGGCCACCGACGACGCGAUAGUCGCCCUGGCCGGCAUCAACAGCUCCGUCGCGGAGCAGAAGCGCGACAACAACCAGCAUCUGCGAUCCUUCCGCAUCGAUUAUCCUCCCCGGAAAUCCAGCUCCUCCAAAGGCAAGAAGAAGAAGAAGGCCGCCGCGUCCACAGCCCCUGGGAAGACCACGCCGCUCUCCCGGGCGUCGCUCUUCCGCACCAUCAAAGGCACCAAGGCCUCGUCCGACACCUACCAGCGCACCCUGCGCCUCUCCUCAUGGAAACCCGACUCGAAAUCCCCACGAGUCGCGGUCAUUGCAACCGGCCUGGCCCCGGCCGGUGAGAUCGUCUUCUUCAGCGCCACCUCCACCCCCAGUGCAUCCGACGUCAUCGGACGAAUCCGUCUCAACAGCGACGAGGAGGCCGAGGACGUCGACAUCACCGAUCUGGUCGGCGAGGGCCAGUUCCGCGUCGCCUACACCAACGGCAUUGACGUCUGCAUCUGCCAGAUAUCGGCCGACACCCGCUCCAACGCCUCGCCCGACGUGCAAUGCGUCUACACCACGCCCUGGCCCGAGAAGGGACCCCGGACGAGACCCAAAUUCCGGGCCCUGCGCUUCCUCUCUCCCACUACAUUGCUCCUCCUCCAAAACGCCCCCGACCGCAAGGGCUGUGAGCUGGUCCUCCUGGAUCUCCGCCCGGCCAUUUCCGACAAAAACAGCACCCCCGCAGGCAAGGCAACCAUCGUGCGCCGCAAGAAGCUCCGCAAAACCAUCAAGAUCGGGCUCGGCCUGGACAUCUGCAACCUGGGCCCCAGCUCCGACCCGGACAACCAGCAGCAGCAGGCUGUGGUCGCGAUCUCCGGCAGCGACCAGUCCCUCGAGCUCCUGACGCUCGACUUCAACCCGACGACCCAUCGCUACGGCGCGCUCCAGCAUUUCGCCUCCCUCCGCGACGUCCACCCCUUCUCCAUGACCAAACUCUGCUUCUCUCCCUUCCACCCUCCCUCCCAUCCCGUCACCCCCGAAACCCCUCCGCAAUACAUCAAACUGGCCUCGGUCAGCAUGGGCAACACGGUCGUCGUGCACACCCUCCCCCUCUCCCCCUGUCCCCCCUCCAGCCGCUAUCCGCGCUACGUCCUCUCCAUGCCCGGCGAGUCCGAGAUCUGGACCAACCUCACCAGCGGCGUCGCGGCCCUCCUCUCCAUCCUCAUCGUCUGCUUCGUCCUGCAGGCCUUCACCGAAAUCCGCGGCGUCAUGCCCCCCUACCUCGGCGCCACGGACUGGUUAUCCCCCAGCAUCCGCGACGCCGUCGCCCGCCCAUACUAUGUCCCGCCUCCUCUUGCGUCCCCAUCCCCAGAAACCACCCUAGACACUCCACCUCAAGUCCGCACCCUCCACGACCUCGUCACCUCCUCCCAACAACCCCUCCUGAUCCACUGCAACCCAGAAACCAACACCCUCCUCAUCGACUCCGCAGACCCCAUUGUCGCGGCGGAGUCCUCCGAUUCCAGCACCCAGCAUCAACAUCACCGCUGGGAAGACCUCUCCUCGGCGACCCGUCACCGCUGGAUCCAUCAGCUCACACACGCAGGCUACGAGCCAUCUGCGGACGACACCGAGUCGAUCCUAGAUGGCGUGUUAUUCGGGGCCGAGUGUCCGGAAUUGCCCAUUGAGGAGGUUGUUUGAUUCCUCGCUCGUAUGUUCUGAUUGCUUGUUGCUUAAUGAUUGUCUCCCUGUUAAGGAGCGGGGGAUGGAUGUAAGUGGGAGGUUUCGAGGUUGAUGAUUAAUGGAUGAUGGACGGUUAGAUGAAGUCGGGUAUCAUACUGUUUGCUUAUUGUGGGCAAUGCUUGGAUGUGGUGGUGGUUGAGAUCAUGGAUUGCGGAACGCGGGGCAGUCUUCUUGUCAUGUUCGAUUCGAUUACUAUACUAUACCUACGAUUGUACGCUAUUAUUGACCGUGUCACAUUCAACUGUACUAUUAUCAUGGACCCUGGGCCUGGUGGUGCU